ACCAGUAAACACCAUCCAGCACCAAGCUUCAAAGACAUUCCAACCUCCACUAACUGUAACUAUAAGCCACUUAAUCCACUUAAUCCAAGUGCUCAAGCUGUCGCAUAUGUUGAGCGGCAACAUAGCUGCUGCCAAUUGAGUGAGCAUUGGACCUCACAGCGAACAAGUUCACACCUGUCCGUCGAAUAACAUGGCACCGGUCCUUCGAGCAAGACAGAGCUUAUCAAAGGAUAAGUUCUCUAGUUACUUUGGCAACCUCAGAAGUCAGCCCUACAACGACCCCAAUAACUCGCGGGGCUCGAAUCCCCAUAGCUUGCGAUGCAUUGCGUGGAAUCCGCUUGGGACUCUAGUAGCAACGGGGUCGUCAGAGAAAACCCUCAGAGUGUGGAAUCCUGAAAAGCCUCAUGUGAAGUUUUCGACGGAGCUCAAGGGCCACUCGGCAUCUGUUGAGAAGGUCGCAUUCAACCCAACAAAAGAUGCAGAGCUUUGCAGUGUGAGCAGUGACGGCGUGGUCAAGUUCUGGGACGUGAGGACAAAAGCAUGCUUCAACGAGGUCAAAGGACUUGGGGACGCUUUUACUCUUGUCUGGGCACCAGAUGGGAACACGCUUCUCGUUGGGAACAAGGCAGAUACCAUCUUCGUUCUGUCGCCAUCUCAGUCGACGCCUCUCAGCACGCAUCAGCAGUCCGUGCAGACCAACCAGAUCGCAUUCUGCUGGAGCGGUGAGAAGAUCUUCCUCACGACAGCAGAAGGACGUAUCCGAGUCUUGUCGUACCCUGGAUUUGAACCUGUAUUACAGAGCAAACAUGGAGAAGAGACGGGCGAGUUUGAGCUCAAUGGACAUACUUCUUCGUGUCUGACUGCUGAUCUACAGCCUACGGGGCGGUAUCUGGCAACGGGAGGCUCAGACUCAAUUAUUGCGUUGUGGGAUACAACAGACUGGAUCUGCCAGCGAACAAUUACGAGGAUGGUCGGGCCAGUGAAGAGCCUCAGCUUUACGUUCGAUGGUAGUUUUGUUGUCGGUGGAAGUGAUGAAGGAUCUGGCCUGGAAGUAUCGCAUGUCGAGACGGGAGAGCAUGUCCACACGUUCAAGACAGCGGGUGCUUGUCCAGUAGUUGCUUGGGCUCCAACACGGUAUUGCCUUGCAUAUAGUGAUUUGGGCAUUUUGCGGAUCGUGGGCGUCGAUGUUGACAGGAAAUAGGACAUAUAACCCCUUAGUCACGUUUAAGUAAAUAAUAU